AUGGAAGAAGAGUUCGAGCAGAUCGAGGUUGAAUACGCGCCUCUUUGCGAGGGUCACGAGAUUGACAUUGAGUACGAGUUCGACGCGCCUCAGUUCUUCGUUUUCACGCACGAAGAGACGGUUUGGGAAGCUUCUGAAGCAGAGCAAUGGUUUGAAUUUGCCCCGAGUUAUCCACCUUCACCGUUUCUCUUGAAGAUGAGGUGGAGGAACUGUAGUCCUGGCACGGAGAAAGAACAAGUUUCAAAUGUUGAAGACGAUAAUAGCACAGAUUCGUUAAAUGGUAAGACAAAGCCUCUCGGCAAGUCAAGUUCAUGUAAAGGUAAAGAUUUCUCUUUUAUGAAACCAACAGCAAGUCAUUUGGCCAAGCAGAAGAACCCUUCAGAAGUUCAGAACCCGGAGUCCUUAAGGUUUCAGAGACAGACUUCUUCUUCCACAACAGAUUGUCCAUUAACCAAAAGGCAAAAGCUCGAAGCUGGUUACUUGCGCAAGAUUGCUCGUUUGAAGCAUCACAUUCCCUUUACACAUAAGAAGGCUAAGGAGGUUGAUGGCACUGAUGUCCAUUCAGCAUCUAAAUCAAACGUUACCAUUGCUAAAGAACCUAAUUUGGUGACAGCCCUCAGGGCACAGAGACACAAGUCUAAAACCAAUGCUGCAUCAGGUGGACCUACACAAUCAAGCUCUCAGGAGCUUAAAGCAAAACCCUCAAAUAAAAAAAUUUUGGAGGGUCCGGCACCAAUCUUUUCUAAGAUGAAGGCACCACGACCAACAGAAUGUCAAGUGCGAAGUAGUCUGAACAGCGAUUCUACCUCAAAUAGUGAAACAAGGGGUAUCCGAAGGACAAACUCUGGUACUGUUGCCUCAAGCCAAGAGAAAUGUAAAACAAGUAACAAACUUCGAGGUAGCCGUGAUAAUAAGGAGCCAAACGACAAGGAAUCUCUAAAUGAACCACCCACGGAACUAUUUAGCAAGGUACUAAAUGGUGUUCAUCUAUCCCUGGCUUCUGAAGUGAAACAAACUGCAAAAUCAUCAUCAAAGGAGCAACCAAUGUCUAAGGGCUCAAAGGAGAAUAGACCUGGAUCCUUUCAGUGGAAUGAGAAAAUGAAAUUGUUGAAAGAAGGAAUGCAGAGAUCAUGUGGGAAGCAAUAUCAACUUCAUCUGUAUGAUACAUUGGAAGCCAACCAAAGGGCCCCUUCUAUGCUAAUCUGUGGAAACAAAGGAUUCUCGCUAAAACAGGGGAGGAAGUUCCAAGACAAAACCUGA